GUUCUGAAAGGUUCUGCUCAGCUGAACUAGGACAUCCCAGACGGACGGCAAGGCAAGCAGGCAGGCAGCACUCUUGAAACAAGAACAGCACAGGAGGAGGGCUUUCCAUUUUGUCUGAAAUCCGACUGCAGUCUUCCAUCCAGUCAUGGAAGAUUUGAUGGAUCGUCUGGAGCGAGCCGUGACUCGACUGGAGCUGCUGUCGGCAUCCGCAAGUUUGUCCAACAGCGACUGUGUCAACGGCAUCGAUGGAGCUUCCACCGCGUGCGCGGACACCUUUGACGUUCUUAUGAAAGGUCCGCUGACGAACUACAUGAACAUCAGCAGGACCAUCGGGAGUGAUGUGGAGAAACAUGCGGAGAUGGUCAACAACGCCCUGCAGACGCAGAAGACCUUCCUCAAAAUGGCGGCCGAGCACCAGGAGCCCGCACAGACGGAGCUCUGCAACCUGCUGAAGCCCAUCUCGGAGCACAUCCAGAAGAUCCAGAGCUUCCGGGAGCGCAACCGCAGCAGUCAGCUCUUCAACCACCUGUCGGCCGUUAGCGAGAGCAUCCCUGCCCUCGGAUGGGUGGCCGUGAACCAAAAGCCCGGUCCAUACGUGAAGGAGAUGAACGACGCCGCCACCUUCUACACCAACAGGGUGCUCAAAGAAUACAAGGAAACCGACAGACGUCACGUGGACUGGGUGCACUCGUACUUGUCCAUCUGGACCGAGAUGCAGUCGUUCAUCAACCGCCACCACACCGCCGGACUGCUCUGGAGCAAGACGGGUCCCAUUGCCCCGGCCUCCCUGUACGAAAACUCCAGUGCUGCUUGCCCCCCAGCACCGCCUCCACCUGCAUCUGCACCCCUGGCCGAAGACUCCCGGAGCCCCGGUCGCGCCAGACACUCCGCCCUAUUCACCCAACUCAACCAGGGCUUGGACAUAACAAAAGGUCUGAAGCAUGUUUCGGAGCACCAGAAGACCCACAAGAACCCGCGCCUGCGUUCACAGGAGGGGCAGAGCGCAAAAGCCAAACCCGAGAUGACGUCCCCACCGGCGGCGCCCCAGAAGAAACCUCCACUGCUUAAGCUGGACGGGAAGAAAUGGAGGGUGGAGAACUUUGAGCACAAACAUGACCUGAUGAUUGAGGAGACUGAGCUGCGGCAGGUGGUCUACGUCUUUGCCUGCAGUAAUGCCACCCUGCACGUCAAAGGGAAGUUGAACUCCAUCAUCGUAGAUAACUGCAAGAAGCUUGGUCUAGUGUUUGACAACGUGGUCGGAAUCGUGGAGAUCAUCAAUUCCAAGGCCGUUCAGUUACAGGUGUUGGGAAGUGUGCCCACCAUCUCCAUCAAUAAAACGGAAGGAUGUCAGCUGUACCUGAGUCAGCAGUCCUUAAGCUGCCACGUGGUCAGCGCCAAAAGCUCUGAGAUGAACGUCCUCAUCCCGCAAGGAGAUGACGACUACAAAGAGCUGCCGCUUCCCGAGCAGUUCAAGACCGUCUGGGACGGAUCCAAACUGGUGACAGAACCCAGUGAGAUGGCCGCUUGAUUGAAGGUUAGCAUAGUAAAUGCUAACUAG